GGUGGCGCAGGAAGCCGGCGGCUCGGGCGGCGGGUCCUCCUCGGAGAACCGCGAUUUCCUCCCAACUCCAAGCUGCCCGGCCGUCUCCAGAGUCGCCGAGCAACUCCGCGCGGAGCCGGAGCGCGUUCUCUCCCCCACCCCGCACUCCUCAACCCACCCACCUACUUCCUCCGCUCCGUGCUCUCACAGGCACAGAGCUGCCAAAAAUUUCCACCCUCCGCCCCCCUCCCUCGCUAACUUCCUUCCAGCGUUUCCUGAGCUGGAUGAUCCUAGGAUUUGUAAGACAGGAAAAAAAGGAAGGCGUGAGGGCGGGUGAGAGAGACAGGAUGCUUGCUUUUCGUUUUACCGAAGCCGUCUGAGGGCAAGACAGCGGCGCCGGGAAGAGGACCCUCGCAACCCCGCACUGUCUCCUCGCCCCGCGCGGCCGCCGCGUUCCCCGCGCUCGCCCGGGACGUCCAGAAAGGCGGAAAGCCAAGCUCGCCCUUCCUCCCCGGCGGAGGAAAACAGCCGAAGACACUUCAGGAGCCUGUGAAAGUCCCUGAGACUCCAAGUGAGGAAGUGACACUCCCUAGCGAGCCGGCCCGCAGCUGCCAGCUCUGCACGGCCUCCGGCACCGCGGCCCUGGAGGAGCGCGCGGUGCAUUUCAGGCUCCGCGCCGCCCCGCGGGGUCCAUGCGCACAGCCCCGGGCCCAACUUCUUCUGGACGCCCAUGCGGCCCCCUCGAGCCGCGCUGCAGCCGGUGAUCUAACCCCGGAGACAAUCUUCGGCGCGGUGCCAAGCAGAGGGGAGGGGGACACGGAGGGGCAGCCUCUUUGGGACUAACUCAUGAAGAACAAGGGUGCCAAGCAGAAGCUGAAACGAAAGGGAGCCACCAGCGCCUUUGGCUGUGACCUGACCGAGUAUCUGGAAAGCUCAGGACAAGAUGUUCCAUAUGUGUUGAAGAGCUGUGCAGAAUUUAUAGAAACUCAUGGCAUCGUGGAUGGAAUUUAUCGGCUUUCGGGAGUCACCUCAAACAUACAACGGCUAAGGCAAGAGUUUGGCUCAGAUCAAUGUCCAGAUCUGACGAGGGAAGUGUACCUGCAGGACAUCCACUGCGUGGGCUCACUCUGCAAGCUCUACUUUAGGGAGCUGCCCAACCCCCUCCUGACCUAUGAGCUUUAUGAGAAAUUCACGGAGGCAGUGUCACAUUGCCCAGAAGAAGGCCAGUUGGCCCGAAUCCAAAAUGUUAUCCAGGAGCUUCCCCCAUCCCAUUAUAGGACCUUGGAAUACCUGAUUCGACACCUGGCCCACAUCGCCUCCUUCAGCAGCCAGACCAACAUGCAUGCCAGGAACCUGGCCCUCGUGUGGGCGCCAAACCUCCUCAGGUCCAAAGAAAUUGAAGCUACGGGUUGCAAUGGAGAUGCAGCCUUCCUUGCCGUGCGGGUCCAGCAGGUGGUGAUUGAGUUCAUACUGAAUCAUGUGGAUCAAAUCUUUAACAAUGGCGCACCUGGGUCUCUAGAGAACGAUGAAAACCGGCCCAUCAUGAAGAGCCUGACCUUGCCAGCCCUCUCCCUGCCCAUGAAGCUGGUGAGCCUGGAAGAAGCUCAGGCCCGGAGCUUGGCUACUAACCAUCCUGCUCGAAAGGAAAGGAGGGAGAAUAGCCUGCCUGAGAUUGUCCCUCCCAUGGGCACCCUCUUCCACACUGUCCUUGAGUUACCAGACAACAAAAGAAAGCUCUCCAGUAAAUCAAAGAAGUGGAAGUCAAUAUUUAAUCUGGGACGUUCUGGAUCAGACUCCAAAUCAAAGCUGAGUAGAAAUGGGAGCGUGUUUGUCAGAGGACAGAGGCUCUCAGUGGAAAAAGCUACUAUCCGACCAGCUAAAAGCAUGGACUCGCUGUGCUCAGUGCCUGUGGAAGGGAAAGAAACCAAAGGAAAUUUCAAUCGAACAGUCACCACUGGUGGAUUUUUUAUUCCAGCGGCGAAAAUGCAUGGAACCAGCACUGGCAGCUCUUGUGACCUCAGCAAGCAGGAGGGUGACUGGGGUCAGGAGGGGACACCGGCAGGAGCCGAGGGGGGCUUUGACCUGAGCAGUGACCGAGGUCAACUCCAGGGUGCUCAGGCCCGGUUCCCACCUGAGCAGCUGAAGGUGUUCCGGCCCAUCGAGGACCCUGAGAGUGAGCAAACAGCCCCAAAGAUGCUGGGUAUGUUCUACACCUCGAACGACAGUGCCGGCAAGUCUGUCUUCACCAGCAGUCUCUUCCAGAUGGAGCCCUCGCCCCGUCACCAGCGCAAGGCCCUGAACAUCUCUGAGCCCUUUGCUGUGUCUGUGCCCCUCCGUGUGUCAGCUGUCAUCAGCACCAACAGCACCCCGUGCAGAACGCCCCCGAAAGAGCUGCAGUCUCUUUCCAGCCUGGAGGAGUUUUCUUUCCAGGGGUCAGAGAGUGGAGGUUGGCCUGAAGAAGAGAAGCCACUGGGAGCUGAGACUUCUACAGCUUCUGUAUCUAAGAAGGCAGCUCUUGAGGAUGCCAAGCCAGGACCAGAAGCCAUGAAGACAGUGGAAUGCAGCAAAGGCCUUUCCCUGGAGACAGGAGCCCAACUGGAGGAGAAGAAAACCUCAGAAAUCGUCCUGAGCUGUCAACAUUCAAAUGAACCGGAGAAGAGGCAGAAUCCGGAGAAGGUGGUGGAGGAGGGUGGAGAGCCUGGCCGGGUGGAGUCCGGAGGAGCGCUGCAGGAGAGCCCCAGGGCCAGAGCAGAGGCGGUGUUCCUGCCUGAGAUGGAUGAAGAUGAUCUGGCCAGCACCCUGAUCUGGCCUGAGAUUCAACAGGAGCUAAAAAUCAUUGAAUCUGAGGAGGAGCUGUCCUCAGUGCCACCACCUGCUCGAAACAUCAGCCCAACCCAACCCAUUUUUGAGUCAAGUCCAAGGCCUUUUGCUCCCCCAGAGCCAUCUGGGGGCUUACCUUGUGUCUCCACCCCAGCUCCAGUCUCCACCCAUCUGGAAGAGUGGACUAGGGAUCCAGCCAAUCAGAGCACACAGGGGGCUCCCACAGCAGCCAAUAGAGAAAAGCCAGAGACAACUAGCAGUCUCCACGGAUCUGAGACUGAGAAGGGCCAGCGCCCAGAUCCCACCAGCCUGGCUUCUCUGGAAAUCGUCCCAUUUGAGACAGCCUCUCCACAAGCAAGGGUCAAGGUGGGAGGCCCGGGGAACCUGUCUCCUCUGAUCCCAUCUGCUCCACCCCCGCCAACUCCUCUGGAGGAGGCACCUCAAGUCCAGCUGUUGAAGGAUGGGCCUGAAAGGGAAGACUCAUCAAAGAAUGUGAGGACAAAUCCAUAUAUAAACCAGCUGAAGUCCAAAGGCGGUCCUGGGAUCCCCAGUCUUUGUCAGGGAGACAAGUCCUCACCAGGACAAAGUGAGAAACAAAAGUCAAAGAAUGCUGUUCCCGAUGGAAUAGGCUCUGGCUUUCCUAGCUCAGCAAAGGAGGUGGAGACGUCCCCACAAGGAGAAGGGGAUGCAGCCCAUUCAGUACAGGAGCCCUCAGACUGUGAUGAAGAUGACACUGUGACAGAUAUUGCCCAGCAUGGCCUGGAGAUGGUGGAACCCUGGGAGGAGCCUCAGUGGGUGACGAGUCCCCUUCAUUCCCCUACCCUGAAAAAUGUGCAAGAGGCCCAGGUGCAGGGCCCGCAGGGCCCCGGACUAGAGAAGAGGCUCUCCCACAGGCCUAGCCUCCGUCAGAGCCAUUCUCUAGAUAGCAAAACCAUGGCUAAGAGCCAGUGGACUCUCCAGGCUCCCUCCUCCAGCAGCUGUGUGAAUCUUGAAGCAGAGAGGCAUUCUGACCCUCUGCAGCCCCUGGCCCCCAGGAGAGAGCUUACUGGAUGGCAUGAGAAAGCCCUGAGAUCCUUCAGAGAGUUCUCUGGCCUAAAAGGGACAGAGGCUCUUCCCAGCCAGAAGGAACCAGGUAGUUUGCAGCCUAAACCAGCAGAAACCAGCCCUGUCAGCCCAGCAGAGGGAAAGGACCUGGGGACACACCUGGGACACGGCAACCCUCAUACUGAGCAGGGUAGUGUUCCUAGACCAGAGAGCAACAAGGAGAGCUCACCUAGUGCACAGGACAGCACCUCACCUGGGGAGCAUCCCCCAAAGUUACAGCUGAAGAGCACUGAGUGUGGGCCCCCCAAAGGGAAAAAUAGGCCUUCCUCCCUCAACCUGGACUCUGCUGUUCCCAUCACCGACUUCUUCCAGUUUGAGAAUGUGGCCUCAUUUGGUUCACCUGGAAUGCAGGUCCCUGAGCCAGAAGACCCAAAGGUCACAUGGAUGACUUCAUCUCACUGUAAAGUAGACCCCUGGAGGGUUUACUCCCAGGACCCUCAAGAUCUGGACAUUGUUGCUCACGCCCUGACAGGCCGCCGUAACUCAGCUCCCGUCAGUGUGUCGGCUGUGAGAACCUCCUUCAUGGUCAAAAUGUGCCAGGCCAGGGCCGUCCCAGUCAUCCCACCCAAGAUUCAGUACACACAGAUCCCACAGCCACUACCCUCUCAGAGCCCAGGGGAGGAGGGUGCUCAGCCUCUGGAGAGGAGCCAGGAGGAAGCCAGCUCAGCUGGUGGGACUUUUCAGAAACCUGCCAAAGAUGAUUCUUUCUCCUCCUUGGAAGGCCCAAAGGAAGAGAAGCCAAAGCAAGACACAGGAGCCAUGGAGUCCUUGCCAGUGGAUGCCACUGCACCCCACGUGUGUGAAGGACCCGCCCUUUCUCCAGAACCAGGUUUGGCUAACCUGCUGUCCACCCAGGAUGCAGUAGUGCAGUGCCGAAAGCGCAUGUCAGAGACAGAGCCAUCUGGGGACAACCUUCUUUCUUCAAAAAUAGAGCGACCGUCAGGGAGUUCUAAGCCUUUCCACAGGUCAAGGCCAGGAAGACCUCAGAGCCUCAUCUUAUUCAGUCCUCCUUUCCCCAUCAUGGACCAUCCGCCUCCUUCUUCCACAGUGACAGAUUCCAAGGUCCUGCUGUCCCCUAUCAGAAGUCCCACCCAGACAGUUUCCCCUGGUCUUCUUUGUGGGGAGUUGGCAGAAAACACGUGGGUCACACCAGAAGGGGUUACACUUAGGAAUAAAAUGACCAUUCCUAAGAAUGGCCAGAGACUAGAGACCUCCACCAGCUGUUUCUAUCAGCCUCAGCGGAGAUCAGUGAUUCUGGAUGGAAGAAGUGGGAGGCAAAUAGAAUGACUUCAGUUCAUCUUGUGGUGUCUGAAAAAAUGCCAUGACUCAUGUGGGACUUAUUACAGGGCCAAUUCAGCAUUAGUCCAGACACAGGUUAUCCAAGUUUGGGCUUAUUUUGGCUGCUUCUGCUCUUCCUUCAGCCUUUUGGCCACUUAUUAGUCAGGUAAGGGAGAGGAUGAAAUGCUUCCUCCAGUGAGAUUUGGGGCUUGUCUGUGUGUUGCAUUACUCCCCCCUCGCCAUUAUCUAUCUAUUACUGUGGUGAGCUGGAUGUGAUAAUGACUUCUGCAAGGAAAGAGAAAUCUUUCGUCUAUUGGAAAAUGUUGCUACUGAGGUUUGAAAGCCUCCUCUUUACUUCAGGCUUUUUAAUCCUCUUUAAAGCAUGUGUUCUUUUAGACCAGUAUUCUGAUAAGCUUUGUAAACGUGUACUAUCCGUGUACUAUCCGGAACAGAAGCAGAUUUGGAAAAGCUAACUGAUGUACACAGAGAUCUCCCAGUGGGUGGAUUUACUCCUGCCCUUUCCUGAAAUUCCUCCUGGCCUGCCCAAGAUGGCUCCAUGUGCCAGCCUAGAAAAUCAGAAUCCAUACGCAGAGGAAACUCUGAGACUGGCACAGUCUAUGCAGAAUUUCUGGCUCUGGCUUUUAUUAAUGUGGGACUCCAACGACCACUAUCCUGGCCUCUGAUUUAUAAAUCCAGUAGCUGGACAGGAUGGGUGGUGAGCUGAGGGUCACCUCAAAGAAAUGUGCCAAGUCUUCAUUUAUGUAAGCAAUAGUGAUCUGCUUUCAUUCCCAAUAUCACAGUCCAAAAACAGGGUGUCAUCAUAAAGAAAAGCCUCACACAUGGACAAAGCUACACUCCAAGCGGAAUGUGUUUCAGUUGGUGGGGCAGUAGCAGAAAGCAUGUCUAGGUCAGCUUCCCUCUUACACUCUGGGCUGGGACAAGAGUGUGGGAGAAGAUGAGGAAGAGCUCCAGGAGGGGUGGGGAAAGAGCCCUGGCAUGGCAGCCGUCCCUACCACCUGAUGGCCGGCAGCUCUCCUGAAAGUCUAGUUCGUUUUAGCCAGUGGACUCCUUCCUUCCUCCUGCUCCCUUCAUUGCUGAAGGACAGAUUUGAGGCACUCUUUCUUCCACACUCCCCCACCACCACCCACCCCAGGCACUCAACCUUGCCCUUCUCCUGUCUGUUUAAAAGCAGAAGCAAUAAACCAACCUGAUUUUUUGUCAGUUAUUUAGAACCUCAAAUGGCUCUUUCCUUUUCAGCUGCAGAGAGGAAAAAGAACUAAUAACCUGCUGGCAUGUUUUUGGUGCUUCCCCACAAAGGGCCUCACAGGAGCACUUCUCAAGGCAAAACCCAUCAGGGUAUCAACAUUUCACCUUCCAAGACAGCUAAAUUGUUUGAAAAACAAAGAAAAGUAGGCCUAUUUUUAGCUCUGUGCACCUCCUCUCAGAUUCAAGUCUGGUUGAACUCUGCCCAGAAGCUCAGUCACUGCAGAAAUUUCUCUUAAGAGCCAGCAGUACCCCUGGGCAGAUCUCACAACCAAGGCGGAGUGCUCGGCUGGGUAGGAGGUGAACUAAAGUUGCCUCCUCCAGUGAGAAACUGGAAGCUGGUAUCUUGCAAGAGAUACAUAGUCAUCUCUCCCUUCUUCCCUGAUAAACCGUAGAAACCAUUUUUGAAAACUCAUCCUAUACCUUUUAAGCCACUGUCUAUCACAGGGGUACACGUCUCCGGUAGGGGCAGGCCAGCUGCUGAGUUUUGCUUUCAGAGGCACUGAGGUGAGUGAGCAGGGGGUGCAGUCAAUAGGCCUUUGGUCAGGGUCUUUGCAUUCUCAUUAGCUGAGCAAGACAUCAGACCAGCAGCCAAAGAGAUGUCAACCCCUAAGAAAAGCCUUAGAGUAGAGCAUUUUCCCCCCUAGGGAAGCAAAGUGAAGAAGUCUAGUGGUGACAGAUGAGAAAGGCCAUGUUCUGGAGAUUUGAAAAGUACAUUCCUACCUUAUCAGAAAAUGUGGGCAGAUAGAUAGGCUUUCUAUCAGUCUCAGUGGGCUGUGGAGUCUACGCUUUGAUAAGGACCCCGCUUUGAUAAGGACCCCGUUCCAGUUAGUGAUAGAGGAUGGGAACUGCUCUUUGCUUCACCAUCAGAACUCUGAGCUGAGUAAUGAAACAUUUCAACUAUUUUGUGAUUAUUUUAAAUCUUUGUAACAUGAACAGAAUGUUUUUAUUUGGGCACAGACUGAGAAGCCACUAGUUACAUGUUAACACGUGAGUCCAAUUUGAGGCGCACAUGUUGAUUCGUUAAAUGGCCGCCAUGUUCCUGAGAACCUCAGGGUUCUCAUCUUUCAUUCCUGGCAUCAUCUUCAGUAGUGUGGUGGGGGUGUGGACGUCAUCAUGUGACACAAUGACCACUGUCUGGAGACACUUCCUACUCUGAGCUUCUGGGCCAGUCGGUACAGAAGGCCUAGGAAGCAGACUCACUUCUUAGUCAGCUGCUCAGCUGCUGAAGUGCGUGCUUCUCCUGUGACUGCCACCCAGCCUGGCAGCUCUCACAAACGUGCUCACACACUUCCCGUAGCCUGGCGCUGAAGGAAUUCCAUUCCGACGCAAAGAAAGCUUAUUAUAUAUCGCCCCUGAAAUUGUUCCUCCAAGUGCCCUGAGAUGACCUGUCUGGUCACCCACUUGGGACUGAAAUGAGAAUGGCUGGUUGGGAAUCAGACCCCACCCAGGGGAGGGAGAGGAGAGGAGAGGAGCUGCUGUUUUUAGGAGGAUCUCCAGAGUGCCCUAGAAAGGGCUGCAGAAUCACAUUCUCUAAGGGCGACUUCAGAUCAACCAUCAGUCCUCAAAAUGGGGUGGGGAGUGGUGGCUGAUUUUAAGUGUAGAAUUUGAAGUGUUUUCUUUCAGAGUUAAUGGUUGCUUAAGAUAAUAACCUAUAUUUAUUGACAGAAUUGCCUUUCCAUGCCAACCUUUUUUUUUUUUUUCAAAAUGGACUAGAUAGAAGGGAUUGGUCUUUAUUCUCUGUUUCACAUGGAAUAUGAAGAGAUCUGACCAAGAACCCCUUUAAGACACUAUUAGCCUAAAAAUCAAAACAUUGAUCACAUCAAAAUUCUGGAUCCUGGGGAAAUUAAAAAUGUAAACAUCAUUCCCCUCAACAGAAAAUAUUUAUCAAGAGCGUAGUAAUACUGCACUGGGUACUUUAGAACUCUUAAAUUCUUGAGUCUAAUGAAAAAGGGGAAAGGGAUGAUAGCAAAUGAAACAGCCUGUAAACAACCAGCAGCAAGAUUUAAAACCAUUAAGUUACGAAAUGAACGUGGAAGGGAGAAAAUGUAGUAACUAGCAUCUUUUAGUAGGAUUAUUAGUGUUCCAGGUCACCUACUGGCUGUGGUCAAAUAAACACAUUACAAAUGCGUUCCAAUAGAAAGUACUAGGGAGACAUUCAGGUGCUGAGAUAGAUUUUUGCUUUGAUCUUUACAAAAAUUAGAGUAGUAACUAAGUAUAAAUAGUCCUGUGGUUUUGCAUGGUCUUAACUGGUUUGGUUGUGAAGUCCUGUUGGAUCUCUGCAAACCUGCAAGGUGGUACCAGUGUUCCCUACUCCUUGAGUGGUUUCAGAGCCUUCUGCCAUCACAGAAUGGAUUAACUCCUGUUGAUGAAUUUUAGGUCCAAGGUAAACUAUUACUUUCAUAUCUAAUGUUUAGCAAAUGACAACCACAUUUGACUAAAAUUAGGUGGGACAGUUGUUUGUCUACACAGGCUUUGGGUUCCUCCCUGAAGAGGGACUGGGGAACAAAGAUUCAGUUAUCUAGGAUUGGAAUGGGAGAGGUUCGGGGUAGGGCCAAUUCCCAUCAGGAUUGAUUAGAGCUAGACUCCACCACAGUCGGUCCUAUCGGAUGACAAUAUAAAUCUUGGGGUUAAGUGUUGCCAGGAGUAUAAUUUCAGGCACUUCCAACAGGAAGUUCAACUCAAAAUUCGGAAUAACAAAGAAUGUGUCCUUGUCAACACCUUUUCUAGCAAAGACCAGGCCAGGAGAGGGAGCGAACACCUUUCUGAGCAUGGAGAGGAGUGGGAGAUAGGAGGGUAAUUGCCUGAGAUCAGUGCCAGCCCAAUAGGAUAAAACUGAGGAACAUCAGAGACUGAUUGGCACCCAGAUCACUUUGUAGCCUUGACAUUCAUGAGCAAGGCAGGGAUCACUACUCGAUGAGGCUGAAGGAGGUUGUUACUAAGAAGGAGAAACCCAUGAAGUACAUAGCCAUGCAUUUUACUGGAGGAAUCACAAUGCUUUGCAAUAACUUAAUGUCACCGUACUUCCUGGUGUAUAACUCUGCAAGGUAAAGAAGCACUUUUUCAAAGGAGUUGAUUAGAAAGCCAAAUGAUUUCAGCUGUUUGUUGAGCUUAACAGAUGUUUCCAAAGAUAUAAU